GCUCAUCUCACACGCCCUCUUGUCCUUCAUUGCACUCACACGCACGGUGGUGCAUUGCUCAGGGUGGCAUUUGCUUUGGCGUGAAUGGCGUUCCUGCCGGUUUCUCCGCUUUCAAAGGCGAUCAAGGCCCCGCAGGGCCGGAAGGGCCUCGAGGCCCUCAGGGUGACGUUGGCCCACGCGGUGAGCCAGGCGCAGACGGGCGCGACGGGCGCAACGGGCUCGACGGUCGAGAUGGACGGGACUUUGACCCGUCCAGCGAUUACUUCGACACCUCCAUCACCCUGCCCGUGUGGGUGAGCAUGCACGUUGGCGCUGCGACAUCGGGUGCCUCGCGGCGCAUCGUGUCGCCCUCUGGUGGCGCCACCUUGCGCGUGUCUGGCUUUGGCUUUGAGCCCUUCUCCACCCGCCAGCACGACGCAGAUAACGCGUGGGACGACAGCCUGAUUGUGUGCAGAUUCACGGACGACGACGGCACGGCAAAGGAGACCAGCGUCUACUUCACAGAGGCGCAGGGCGUCGCCAACACCCACCUGCCCAAUGACCGGUUCACAAACGACCCGAGCACGGCCACGUACCGCCCCAUCAUCAACGCCAACUGCCUCGUGCCUCCCCUGCCGGAGACCACAAACGCCACCGUGGCCCUCAUGUGGAAGGGCACGCCCACGCGCGAGCUCCACUUCCGCGGCAUCCCGGGCAACAACGUGCUGGAGGUCCUUGAGUUUGCCACGCACAUUGACCACAGCGAGGGCGUGGUGGAGGACAAGACGGCGGUGCCCAUUGUGCACGGUUUUGGUUUCACCUCUGACAACACCUACUACUGCCGCUGGGCGCUGGCCAACGACGACGGCGUGUUUGUGGUUGAGCGCGCGUCGUUCCGCUCCUCCACGGAGCUCGCCUGCGACUCCUUCCCCGCGGGGGGCAUCGCCGCCAGCUUCGACAGCGACGAGGACGUGCAGGUGACCAUCACCGUGUUCUUCUCCGUGCCCGGUGACAGCACGAAGCGGCCCAUGGCAGGGCCCCCACCAGGCUCCGUGUGGGCGGAUGGUGCGUCGUCCGCCUUCACCUUCCCGUACAAGCGCGGCGCGUGCGGCGACGGCAUUCAGAACCAGGGCGAGAUUGGCGUGGACUGCGGGUACGCGGCUGGCUGCGGCUACUGCGAGCCAGGGUUUGCGCAGGUGGGCAUCAAGGGCGCGUGCGAGCUGACCACGGACUGCGCCACGCGCGACGACACGUUUGUGUCGUGCCGCCAGGGCCAGUGCCUGGCCGCCUUCUCCUGCAAGGAGAUUUUGGAGCAGAACCCGGAGGCGGAGUCUGGGCAGUACAAGAUCUCGGUCAACAGGGACGUGCUUGACCUUGACGUGAUCAACCCGGAGGAUGAGCUCGUUGGCGUGUACUGCGAGAUGGACUACGACGAGGGUGGGUGGACGCUGUUUGAGAUGGUGGGCUCGUCGCAGUCGCCCUCGUCCCCUUUCAACUACAUUGGCGACGGCGCCGACGAGGGUGCGUAUGUGCCCGGCGGCGACAUUGGCGUGCUGUUCGCGGUGAACCAGAACCAGCCCGCGCGCCUGCCAGCCCGCAUCAUCCGUUCCAUCUUCAAGCACUCGGCCGGGUAUGUGCAGAUGCGGUAUGCCAACAACGCCGACGGCUACCAGCUCACGGACGUGUACGGUGUUCCGGAGACUGGCACGCACUUCCUGGACCAGUCGUGCUCGCACAAGCCCGACUUUGACAUUGCCAAGGCGAUGCGCCCUCGCUCGGGCUCGUCCAUGGGCUUCUGCUUCCGGAACGGCGCUGUGAACACGGCGAGCAACUGCGUGUGCGGCGACCGCGUGGAUACGACGCAGCAGUUCAACGCGUGUCCGCUUUCUCCCGGAAACCGACGCCGGUACAACUCGUUCCUUCGCGACAAGCUCUGGUGCAGCGGCAUGCACCGCAAGUGCUACAGCGUCUCCUCCCACUAUGUCCUUGGCGACACGUACUCCUGCAACAAAGGAGGCCAGCGCUCUGUGGAAGGACACAUGUGGCGCAUGUACAGCGGCAACACGGGCAUGCCAUGCACCGGAUACGGGGCCUACGGCUGCUACGGCUCUGUCUGGAUGCGCUAACUCUGUUCGCGCGCGUGAGUGUGGCGGUCGUUCUCUUCUCCUUAUUGUGGCGCGGCUUUGGGCCCCUUCUGUUGCGAGAGUGGCCUGCGCUCUUCUGUUACGAUUCUGUUUUGUCUCUCUUUGCUCACUCGGUUCAAACCACGCGUACAAUCUCACGGUGCGUGGCUGUGCUGCUUUCCCGUCGAAGGAGAGCGAGAGAGCGAGAGCGUGCUCCUGUUGUGUUCUGCUCCAGUCAUCUGCAUUGUCUUUCGUCGUCUGUUCUUCUGUGCUUUCUCUUCUUGCGUGGUUUUCAUAGCCAACUCAUGCCGUGGCUGUCGCUCGCGCCUGUUUUUGUCUCAUGCGAUGAGGCAAUGCGUGCUUCUCUCUUUCUCUCUUAUAUGAAAUACAUAUACCCAUGAUGCG